AUGCGAAGAGUUGAAAAAAGUUACUGGUGUAGUCUAAGAGUAGAAGAUGUGAUUAUUAAUAUAAGCGAAAAUAUACUAGGCGUGCCAACGUCAGCUGACGUUGAAUUUACCAACGGUUUCUUGGUAUCACUUCGAAGCAUAGAUAUAGUGAGGAGCACUGUGCAACAGGUAUGGUUGCCACAUCGAGGGAACACAACAACUGUCGAAGUGCGUGCUACGAUGAGAAUGCUUGACGCUAUCAUUGGAUUUGACGUUGCUGCCAAAGUGCAAAACGGCAUUUACCGAUCGACAGGAACGAUUCGGUACCCAGAAAUCCAGUUUCCAUUUGUGAUAGUUAAAAAUUUAUUUACGGAUGACAUAACAGUAGGCGUGCGUAGUAAUUUGGUGAGAACAUCAAAUCUUAUGCAGUUUACACCAGAAGACGAGAUAAGCAAAAUCGCAACAGUUUUAUUUGACUGGAACUGCACAGCUGGCAGCGUCUUAAGCUGGGCUACUGACAUAUUCGCCCCAAUCACUCUCGGCCUCGCAAUGAAUGAAAUUGAAUUUCCUAGAAUUUGCUACAAUUGCAAUGCUUAA